ACAUUACUAAUGAAAGCUUUUCCCUCUCUAGGAAAUAAUGCAAAAGGUGUCCCGAGGCUCUUGACCAGUGAAUAAAGAUUUGAGAAAGACAGCCAAGCUCAUGUUUUCUCCUGAUCAAGAAAAUCAUCCAUCCAAAGCACCAGUAAAAUAUGGUGAACUCAUCGUCUUAGGGUAUAAUGGGUCUCUCCCAAAUGGCGAUAGAGGAAGGAGGAAAAGUCGGUUUGCUUUGUUUAAAAGACCUAAGGCAAAUGGGGUGAAGCCCAGCACAGUGCACAUUGCUUGUACUCCUCAGGCUGCAAAGGCAAUAAGCAACAAAGACCAGCAUAGCAUAUCAUAUACUUUGUCUCGGGCCCAGACAGUGGUGGUUGAAUAUACAUAUGACAGCAACACUGAUAUGUUUCAGAUUGGUCGGUCGACUGAAAGCCCCAUUGAUUUUGUAGUAACUGACACAGUUCCUGGAAGUCAAAGUAAUUCUGAUACACAGUCCGUGCAAAGCACUAUAUCAAGAUUUGCCUGUAGAAUCAUAUGUGAACGGAAUCCUCCCUUUACAGCACGGAUUUAUGCCGCAGGAUUUGACUCAUCAAAAAACAUCUUUCUUGGGGAGAAGGCUGCCAAAUGGAAGACAUCUGAUGGGCAGAUGGAUGGCUUGACCACUAAUGGCGUUCUUGUGAUGCAUCCACGCAAUGGGUUCACAGAAGACUCCAAGCCUGGAAUAUGGAGAGAAAUAUCAGUGUGUGGAAAUGUGUUCAGCCUGCGUGAAACUCGAUCGGCUCAGCAGAGAGGAAAAAUGGUGGAAAUUGAGACCAAUCAGUUACAAGAUGGCUCAUUAAUUGACCUCUGUGGUGCAACAUUGCUGUGGCGUACGGCAGAGGGCCUUUCCCAUACUCCUACAGUGAAGCAUUUAGAAGCUUUAAGACAGGAAAUCAAUGCAGCAAGACCUCAAUGCCCUGUAGGGUUCAACACACUAGCGUUUCCUAGUAUGAAGAGGAAAGAUGUUGUAGAUGAAAAACAACCUUGGGUAUAUCUAAACUGUGGCCACGUACACGGCUAUCAUAACUGGGGAAAUAAAGAAGAACGUGACGGAAAAGAUCGUGAAUGUCCUAUGUGUAGGUCUGUUGGUCCCUAUGUCCCGCUUUGGCUUGGAUGUGAAGCUGGAUUUUAUGUGGACGCCGGCCCUCCAACCCAUGCUUUUAGCCCAUGUGGGCACGUGUGUUCAGAAAAGACAACUGCCUAUUGGUCCCAGAUUCCGCUGCCUCAUGGUACACAUACUUUUCAUGCAGCCUGUCCCUUUUGUGCACAUCAGUUGGCUGGUGAACAAGGCUACAUCAGACUGAUUUUCCAAGGACCUCUAGACUAACAGACAGUUGUCCUCUAGGACUACGUUAUACAUUUAUAAGCUAAGUAAAUUGGGUUUUCCAAGCUGUUGUCCGCGUCACAGUUUCUCUGCUCUGGUCAUUUGCAUUAAAAUGAAGAAUUUUUAAAAACAUUUAUAAUAAAUACUACCAAUUUCUGAGCAAAAACCUGGGAAACUCAAGGAAAGGAAUUUCUGAAAGUACCAGACUUCUGAAUUCUGGGUUUUGAAAAUAUAUUUUGAGGAGAAAAAGACAUAGUCUAAUUCGAUGCCUUCGUUUUAGUGUUUUUGAAUCACCCAUCCUCAGUGUUAAAUUGUUUUGUAUAACUGAGGGUACUGUUGGUUCAAACUAUGUUAGUUUACAGUUUGUUGCAAACAUUGUAAAAUACAGCAAUGUGUAUAUUAACUCUUUUUCUAUUUAUCUUUAUUAUAGAAAAUACCUUAGAAUGUUCUGGAUAGAGUAGCAUGGUCACGAUGGCGUCACACCCUGGGUGUGAAUGGUAGCUUAGUGAGCACAUCGCUCAAGGAUUCGCAGUUAGGAAGGACAAGGGCAUCCCCCCCCCUUUAAAUAUGGAAUUUGGUAAAUUAGAAUACUUUGUAAAACCAAAUUCAUAUUAAUUAUUCAUUGUGUUAGAAGUGUUUGUUUUUAACCACAUUGAGAUAAUCAGGAAAGAUUUUUUUCCAUAAUGUUUCUCCAGUGUAGUACUAUAACAGAAACUUAAUGCUAAGAAACAUUUUAUAUGCUCCUUUGAAUAUGCAAUUUAAUCUAGAUUAUCUAUUUUUCUCCCAUGAUAACUAAUCUGUUUUUAGUAUCAGCAACAUUUGGCAAAUUUAUUUUUUGGAUAUAAACUGUGGUUCAUCUGUUCACUGUUUCUAGAGGGAAAAAAAAAAUUCCCAUGAAAAAAAAAAGCAUAAAUUAGCAAGAAAGAAUGACAUGAAUUGCUUUUAGAAAAAAAUAAAUGCUUAAUUAUUCUGUGUUUAUAAAGCCUUAUCUCUAGGCAUGGGGAAAUUGAGAGAUAGGAAGGGCUGAGUGACUCUAGUGGCCCCAUUUUUAAACCUAGCAGACCAGCCUUAACUAUGGGCUUGAAUCCUAAGAAGAGUUGCCAUAAAAUGAUGCAAGGAAGUAACUGGUUAGCAACUGAGCACUAGUGACAGCAGAGCAGAGGGACACACUGCAUGGUCUGUUUACUUCCUAAUCCCAGUAAGUCUUCUGCUUUCAGAAGUGAGAAAAGGAGUAUUUUCCUCUCUUCCCCUCCCACCUUUUUAAAAUGUACCACAAGAGAAGUAUAGACAGUUGCACUACAUCAAACCUUUUUUGGACACUUGUAGAAAUCAGUACACCUUUAGAUUAGACAGAAUAAUUUUUUAAUCUUUUGAUUUGUUUUCCUUCAGUUUGAAGAAUUGUAUGAUGUUUAAUUGACUGUAGCAGAUUUUUGUAUGUGGUAGUAUAGCUUUAAUUUCUCCUAGUACAGUGGUGUUCUAAAUUUUCUUUUGGUUUUAAAAACACAAAACUUAUUGCUUAAAAGCCAUGAACUUUUUAUGUUUCCUUCAACUGUCAAAAUUUCCUUGUUUUUAAAAAUGAUUAUUUGGGUUCACUCAGGAAAUGCAUGUCAGGAAACUUGUAUUAUAAGUUUAUUAGUUGUGAUGUAUCAAUAACUGCUGUUACCCCUUUUUCAAAGAAAUAUAAAUGAUUUUGAAAUUUUCUAGAUUGUCACAUGCUUUGUGACUGAUGCAAGGAAAUCAAGUCCUGUGUUGUAUUUGUUAUAGUCAUUUCUAUUCAGGCAUAUUGUAGCUUAAUUUUUAUUUGCAAUUAAUUUAUUCAAACUAAGUAAAUACUUUUCAAAACAGA